AUGUCCAACCCGAACAAGUUUGCGACUGAGCGGAAUCAGCGGGCUGUCCUGGAGCUCGCAGCGAAGCCGGGAAAUGAUGUCUGCGCAGACUGCAAGGCGAGGAACCCUCGAUGGGCGUCGCAUAACCUUGGGAUAUUCAUCUGCGUGAAUUGCGCGAGCAUACACCGCAAGAUCGGAACCCAUGUCUCCAAAGUGAAGAGUCUAACGCUGGACGAAUGGACGAAAGACCAGGUCGAGUUCAUGAGGCAGAAUGGGAAUCUCAAAUCCAAUGCUUAUUAUAAUCCGAACGAGUCGAGAAAUCCCCCGCCUACACGCAUGAUGGAGAAUGAGAGGGACAGCGAGCUCGAGCUCUUUAUUCGAUCCAAGUACGAGCAUAAACGCUUUAUCGAUAAAUCUGCGCUGGUAGCAGCAAAGCUGGGACCAUCACGCCCCGCUCCAGUACCUUCGCAGUCCUCUCGGGCUGUCUCGUCUCCCAUUGUUGCUGGAGCACCGACGCUGUCAUCACAAUCGGCGUUGGGCAUAAAUCGUCCUUCCACUUCAGCUUUGCUAGAGACAUCCUCCAUUGCUGCACGACAACCCGCAGCGCGUUCGGCGUCUCAUCCACUCCCUCCUUCAACGGUUCCUCUAAACCAACAAUAUAUGAAGCCGAUGCCGCCAUUGCCCAGCGAAGCAAGACCGCAACACCCGCAGGCUCCUCAGCCCCCGUCGGACAAUCCAGUAUGGAAUGAUCUAAUAUCGCUCAGCCAGCCAACCGUCUCUGCCUCGCUCCCUUUACAAAUGCAGUCUACUCCCACUCAGAUGCCACAGUUCAACGCUCAACCAAAUCAGUCGUUCCAACCGGCACUCUCUUUGAAUACCGGGUUUCCUUCGAAUUUACAGCCGUCACAGUUCCAGGGGGGUCCAUCGCCGCUCGCGAUGAACCCAGUUUCUAGUUUCCCGACUAGCAUGGGAAUGAACAACACAUCGUAUAGCACGAACCAGUUCGGUCAACAACUCCAGCAGCAGCAGCAGCAGCAGCAGCCAGGGAUGGGAUACCCAAACCAACCCCAAGCAGCAUCAUAUCAAACUGCGAUGAGCACUGGUAUGAUGUCGAUGGGCCAAUCCUACCCUCAGCAACAACAACUGCAACAGCAACAACAAUUCCUGCAACCGCAGCCGACGUCCGCGAUGUCUAUGCAAUCACAGGGUAUGCUGUCCCGCUCUCCUCAACCAAUGAUGCAGAAUAUGCAAAACCCGAUGUCGCUCAGUCCGCAACCGAUGCAACAGUCGAUACAACAGCAGCAAGGGCUUACGUCGCAUUCACCGAUGCUUCAGCAAGGGUUCCCCCCUGGAAAUUCGUAUGGGGGGAAUAGUCCGAUGGGUACGAUGAGGAUGCAGUCAUCUCCCAGCCCUUUCUUCCAGCAACUGCCGCAACCGCAACAACAACCGCAGCAACAACAUUUCGGGACGUCUCAGCAGCAACAACAGCAACAAUUCGGGGCGUUCCAGCAGCAGCAACCGCAACAUCAACCCGGGUUCGCCGCGCCCAUCCAAACUAAUCAAUUUACCGGGUGGAUGCAGGCCCCUGUACCAGGCCAGCAGCAACAGCAACGUUGGGGGAUGUAG